GUUGCAUUUCUCGCUCGUCAACAAUGUAAAAAGUGAAAUGUUUGCUGGAUUUUUACAGUGUUUGUGAUGUGUUAUGUGAAUUUGUGCCCAUGAAAUAAAAUCUAGGGUCAUGGAGGAAUCUAACGAGGAGCUCAGGGUCGUUCCCGAGCUCUACUUUUUGAUCGCGAAAUUCCUCUCCGGUGGACCUCUGAAGGAAACUGCUAAGACUUUGCUAAAAGAGCUCGAGAGUGUAGAGGUGCUGCCUCGACGCCUCGAUUGGGAGGGCAACGAGCACGCCCAAUCCUACAAUGAAUUGGCAUCUCAAUAUGAGGACAUGUCCUGGCGGCGGCUGGCGAUGGUGUGCUCGCGCGCGCUGGAGCUGGCUCGUGCGGCGGCGGCGGCGCCUGGGGCCGCGCUGCCUGCGCCGGGGGCCCCGCUGGCGGGGACCAUAGCGCUGUCGGCGCGGCUCUCGCUGCUCAGCGACUCGCUAGUCCGGCCCAAGCCUGAGUACACUGCUUAUAAGGAGGACCAUUCGCUGGUCCGGCGCGUGUCCCGGCGCGAGCUGGGGCUGGGCGACGCGGCGCGGGCGGGGGGCCGCGCGGGGCCCGCCAUGAUGUCCCCGCGGCUGCUGCGCGGGCUGCGGCUGCAGCGGCGCACGCUGGGGCACCUGUCGGCCGUGUACUGCGUCGUGUUCGACCGCACCGGCCGAUACGUGCUCACCGGCGCAGACGACCUGCUCGUCAAGGUGUGGAGUGCCAUAGACGGGCGCCUGCUGGCCACGCUGCGCGGCGCGGGCGCCGAGAUCACGGACGCCUGCGUGUCCUCGGACGGGGCGCUGCUGGCCUGCGGCUCCGUGGAGCGCCUCGUGCGCGUCUGGUGCCUGCGCAGCGCCGCGCCCCGGGCCGUGCUGGCCGCGCACGCCGGGACCAUCACCUCGGUGCACUGGGCGCCGGGCGCUAGAUCCGACGUGCGCUGGCUGGCGUCGACGUCCACGGACGGCUCGGUGGCGUUCUGGACGUGCUCGGCCGACGGGCAGUUCCUGUCGCAGCCCGUGCAGUACGUGGAGCGCAUGCGCCCCGGCGCCUGCCACAUGAUCUGCGCCGCCUGGAGCGCCGGCGGCUCGUUCCUGGCGGCGGGCAGCGCGGACCACCACGUGCGCGUGUACAUGGUGCAGGACAACGCGCCGCCGCGCCGCGUGCUGGAGGUGGCCGUGCACGGCGACGCCGUGGACUCGCUGGCCUGGGCGCACCGCGGCCUGCGGUUCCUCUCCGGCAGCAAGGACGGGUGCGCGGCGGUGUGGACGCUGCACGCGACGCAGUGGCGCCACCAGCUGCUGGCCUGCGGGCCGCUGCCGGGCGCCGCGCCCGACAAGAAGAACAAGGUCACCAUGGUCUGCUGGGACGCUUCAGACGCGUACAUCCUCACCGCCGUCUCCGACAACACCGUCAGGGUGUGGUGCGCGCGCACGUGCACGCAGACGCGCGCGCUGAGCGGGCACCGCGACGAGGCGUACGUGCUGGAGGCGCACCCCGCGCUGGCCGGCGUGGUGCUGUCCGCCGGCCACGACGGCCAGCUGCUGGUGUGGCACGCGCCCAGCGGGGAGCUGCUCAGCCGCUUCCACAACCACAUCCCCGGCCAGGGCGACGGCGCGAUCUUCGACGCGAAGUGGGGCGGCCCCACCAGCAUAGCGGCCACCGACAGCCACGGACACCUCCUGCUGCUGGGGCUGGGGCAGGGGCACCCGCUGCUCGCGGACCUGCCCACCGAGCUGUUCUUCCACACCGACUACCGCCCGCUGGUCCGCGACGCCUUAGGCGGAGCCCUGGACGAGCAGACAGAGAUGCCGCCGCACCUGAUGGCGCCGCCCUUCCUGGUGGACGUGGAGGGCGCCCCGCACGCGCCGCGCUUCCAGCGGCUGGUGCCGGGCCGCGAGAACCUCGCGCUGGACCAGCUGGUGCCCGUGGCGCUCGCCGCGCCCAGCCGCCUCGACGUGAGUGGCCUCCGCUACGCCAACCUGAUGAUCGAGGCGCUGGCGGGGUCGCGCUCGCCGCCGGCGCCGGGCGGGGCGGGCCCGGGCGGCGAGGCGGGCGCGCGCGCCGCGGGCGGGCCGUGGCGCGGCGAGGGCGUGCGCCACACGGGCGGCGCCUGGGCGCCCGCCGCGCCGCUGGAGCCGCACGCCGCGCGCCCGCUCGUGCGCGCGCCGCCCGCGGCUGCGCUGCGGCGCCAGGACCUGGCCUGCGCGGAGCUGAACGCGUGGGAGCAGUCGUGGUACCGGCGCGAGAUGCGGCGCCGCCCCGUCAUGAUCAGCACGGCCGUGGACUCGGCGCGGCCCGUCUCCCCAGCGGUGUCCAUACACAGCGAGUCAUCUUUAUCAUCGCCAUCUUCUCCGUCGUCACACUCGUCACACUCGUCGCACUCCUCUCGUCACUCUCGUCCGUCACGGCCGUCGCGGCCGCCACGGCCGCCGCGAUCGCUGCGACGGUCCACAGACUCCGACUCAUCAUGCUCGUACACGAGCGGGAAAACAGACGAAAGCUCGGAGUCGUCGUACUCGGACUGGGAGGCGGGCGAGAACCUGGCGCCGCCCGCGCGGGCCAAGCGGAGACCGCUGCCGGCCAAGAGGUACAGCCCGAGCACUACGGGCACGAGACGCGGCGCAGCCAGUACCAGCGCCGCCCCCGCCCCCGGGGCCGGCGCCCCCCCCCCCGCGGCCCCCGCCCCCGGCGCGGAGCUGCCCGAGGCGUACCGGCCGGGCGAGUGGCUGACGGCGGUGGCGCCCCGCAAGGCGCCCUACCACCCGCAGAUGGGCGACCACUGCCUCUACUUCCGACUGGGCCACCAGCGCUACUUCGAGGCGGUGUCGGAGAAGGACGUGUACAAGGUGAACCCGCGGGACAAGCCGUGGGAGCGGACACACAUACAUGAGUGCGAGCUGGUGAAGGUGGUGGGCGUCAAGUACGUGAUCAAGCCGCCGCGCACGGCGUGCGUGCGUCUGGCCAGCACGCUGUCUCCGCGCUCCUUCACCGUGCGCUACCACGACAUGCCCGACGUCAUCGACUUCCUGGUGCUGCGCCACCACUACGACGCCGCCGCCGCGCGCCGCUGGGCGCAGGGCGACCGGUUCCGCUGCAUGAUCGACGACUCGUGGUGGACGGGCAUCGUGCUGGAGCGUACGCCGGCCGCGCCCCCCGCCGCGGUCGGCACCGCCGCGGCCGGCGCCGACGCCGCCGCCGCCUGGUCCGCGCAGGCGGCGCCACACUUCCUGUCGCUGCGCGUGCGCUGGGACAACGGCGAGGUGGAGCGACUGUCGCCGUGGGACCUCGAGCCGCUCGACCCGGAGAGGCUGCCGGCGGAGCCGGGCGGGUCGGUGCCGGUGCUGCCGCACGAGCUGGAGGCGGUGCUGUACCGCGCCGAGCCCGACGAGUGGCCGCCAAGAGGGGAGCGGGCCGCCGCCUGCCGCGCCAUCGCGCAGCACAUUGGACAGGUGAUGUCCCUGUCUGCGGCGGAGCCGUUCGUGGCGCCGGUGGACCUGCAGGCGUACCCCUCGUACGCGAUGGUGGUGCCCUACCCCAUCGACCUGGCCACCAUCCGCGCGCGCUUCGACAACCUUUUCUACCGCCGCACGGCGGCCGCUCAGUUCGACGUCCGCUACCUGGCGACCAACGCGGAACAGUUCAACGAGCCACAUUCACCCAUCGUGCGGCAAGCGCGGCUCGUCACCGACCUGCUGCUCCACAUCAUCAGCCACUGGCGCGAGGUGGACGUGGUGGGCAAGUACCACGAGCUGGCCGCCAGCUACCACUCCUCGGACGACGAGCCCAAGCAGAGCAAUACCAGGAACAACAAGGCGGGGCCGCGGGCGGCCCCCGCGUGGCGCGCGUCGUGCGGCGCGGUGCUGCGCGAGCUGAUGUCGUCGGCGGACGCCGGCCCCUUCCGCGAGCCCGUGGCCGAGCACGCGGCGCCCGACUACCGCAGCGUGGUGCCGCGCCCGCUGGACCUGGGCACCAUCGCCAGGCGCCUCGCCGCAGGUCGUUACGCGCGUCCUGCGCGGUUCGCCGCGGACGUGCGCCGCGUGUUCGCCAACUCCAGACUGUACAACACCAACAAGAGGAGCCGGAUCUACUCGAUGACGGUGCGGCUGUCGGCGCUGUUCGAGUCGCUGUGGACGCGCGUGGCCGCGCCGGCGGGGCCGCGGCCGCGUCGCGCCGCCGCCCGCGGGUACCGGCGGCACGAGCCGCGCUCGGAGCCCGGCAGCCAGGAGGAGUCGGAGGAGGCGGGCGGCUGGCGCGGCUCGGGCGGCUCGGGCGCGUCGGGCAGCUCGUCGGAGCCGCUGGCCGCCGCCAGGCGCCGCGCCCGCGCGCAGGGCUCCGACAGCGACGCGCCGCUGCACCCGCGGAAGCACGCUAAAGGCAAGGGCGUCGGCAAGAAAAGUAAAAGCAGCAGCGCCAGCGUGGAGCCCGCGCCCAGCACCAGCCGCGACCACCACGAUGACGAGAUACUGCCAGCUCAGAACGGCGUGGCGUCAGACUCUGAGGACGAGGCGCUCGCGCGGCUGAGGACGGUGCCGCCGCCCGCCCACAACGGGGGCGGUGGGGGCGACCACAACGGGGACGGGUCUGACGCGUCGUACUGUGAUAUAGAGGUGCUGGAGGAGGAGCUGGACGACGAUGUCCAGCUGCAGUACACGCGGUCCUCCACCAGACAGCGCCGGGGCAAGCGGCGCCGCACGCGCAGCUCGGCCAGCAGCGCCGCGGCGCGCACGCCGCGCAAGCGCGCCGUGCACACACGGACGCGCGAGCGGUUCACGACGCGGUCGUCGUCGGAGUCGUCAUCAUCGUCGUCGUCGGGCUCGGGGCGGUCGGCGCGCCGCUACGAGUCGGACCGCUCGUACAAGCCGCGGUAUUCCACCGACGACGACGCGCCGCUGCUGCUCUACAGACAACGACAAGCGGAGGGCGAGCCAGGACCGUCGACCAGCUCGCAGAGGUCCGCCGCGCACACCAGCAGGGGUGGAGGCAACAGAGGCGUGUCCCUCCGCGCGCGGCGCUCCCCGCGGCGCUACAACGAGGACAGCGAGGAGGACUCCGUGGCCUGCAUCAGCAAGAGGCUGCCGCACCACCACCGCCGCCACCAGCGGCAGCGGGACCUGGACACGAGGCGCAGGCACCACGCCACGCAGGUAAUAUACCACCCGGCACGCAGCGGGAGUCACCACUUACUGUACCAAAUAUCCGCGCCUUCCUAA